CCACCCAAACACCGAUAACAACUCUAGUCAAUCGAAUCACACUGCCUUUCGAUUAUUAAAGAGGCCUUCAAACUUUCGUUCUCGGAUUGCAAAGCCUUCAAAUUCGAGCCUGUCUCACCUUCGAUUUCAACCUUUGCCUCCUCUAGUCAACACGACCUUUCCCUAACUCAAUACGUCCACAUCCACAUCAAAAUGCCAAUUAUCGCAAAUCCUUUCAACAAGGGCAAGAAGAAACUCGAAGCUGACAUGCUAUUCCAAAUGGCCCUCCAGCGCGAGCAGGCUGCUGCCCAGCACCAACAGGCUAUAGAAGUAGAGCGUCAGUAUCGCCUAGAAGAAGCAGCCCGCGCUGAGCAGCGACACCGGCGCCGAGAAGAAGACUAUCGACGCCAACAAGAGAUAGCCGAGCAAGAACGCCGACGUUAUCUAGAGGACCAAGCCCGUGUGGAGCAGGAGCUCCGCCGCCAGCAAGAAGAGCACCAACGCCGUCUCUCGGCCGAACAGGCCGCUCGUGAACGUCGUUGGCAAGCAGAGCAAAAGGCACGCCAGGAACAAGACCGCCUGAGGCAAGCGGAGCAUGAGAGACUCCUUGCCGCGGAGCGUGAGAGAACCGCCCACCUGGAAAGUGAGAGACGAGAGAAAGAGCAUCGCGAACAGAUGGCCCGCGACCGUGAGGUCCAGCGCCGCGAGAACAAACUCAAGCUGCUCCGCAUGACGUCUCCUGAAUCGUUGCGGUCGCUUCGUGAGCUCAUUCGCCGGAAAUAUGAGCUCGAUAUGGCGAUUUGGGCGGACAGAAGGGUCCGGGCGCCCUUGAGGCCACAUGUGGAGGCUAGGAUGGAGCAGGCGGAUGCGGCAUACAUGGAGAUAUUGACAAUUGUGGGAAUUUGGGAGGAUAAUAGUAAUGGAGCGUGGAAUGAGCGGGAGUGGAAGCUAGCGAGCGAGGUAAAGGCGAGACUGGAGCAGGAUGGGAAGCGGAUCUGGGCUGGGCAUCCGCCGUGGGAAGAAGGUUGAGAAUCUAAAUCGGUGUCUGUUAUAGUUUUUUUCUAUUGACAUGGUCGUAAAGAAUGCUCUGCCACUUCAACGAUAUUGGUCUGUUUACAGCAGGAAGAGGCUCCCUGUACUGCCUAUACUAGGUUACUUUCAAAGAAUGCAAUCAUCUGCAGACGAGCUAUUGGUAACAGAAGCAGAA